GGACGAGCCAGGCCAUUAAUGGAUCAACGCCGAUGUCGGCUACCCAGUCAAUGCUCCCCGCACCUGACAUCACUUCUUCUUUCUUUUAUUCGAACGUGACAUCCGUUGUUGACUCGUACACGGUUCUGAUGACAGCUUCGGUUGAUGGCAACAUGUCAGCACCAUCUCUUCAACCAACAAUGAAUUCGACUCACAUGUUUUUCAUUUCCGGAACGCGUAUAACUGCGACCCCUUCGGAUUACCAAACCCCACUUUCUACGUCUACAAUUGCAUCAUCUUCAAGCAUUCUUUUGAAUGCAUCCAGGAGUGACUUCCUUUCAGCAAUGCCAUCCACGCCUGCCUUCUUUACCAGUUCUGUCACUACAGCGUCGCCAAGUCCGUUCACAGAAACCACACCGACAAACGCGACCACCGAUGAAGACAAAAUCGUGCCUGUUGCAUACUACCCGGUACGAUGUACCAUGAUUUUUGGAGGAGACUGUCAGCAAGUCCUCGCUAAGGAGGAUGCCUUUAUAACCAAUUUCAUCGAAUCAAUCUCUUCUCUUAUGUCACUGGAACGUUUAAGGAUCUCCGUCAACAAUGUGAAUUGCGGAUCUGUUGUCGUUGACUUCACGCUGAAGGACACCAUUGAAUUCGACUUUGCCGAAGAUCUCUACGGCUAUAUGGAUACGGGUAACAUCAGUGUGCCCUUCGAUAAUCAAAACCUGAUAGCAGAGACAAUCGUAUUUCACAAUGGCCCUUACGCACCAACCACACCCUCAGGCGGGAUCGGGCCGCACCCUUCAGAUACCCCACCGGUAUCCGAUGGCGAUGGGGGCGGGCUAACUUUCGAACAGCAGCAGAGGCUGAUCUACAUCCUCAUCGGAGUCGUGGUCGGUGUCGUCGUCUUGCUAGCCAUCGUCCUCGUCGUACACCACGUCAUGAGGAAGACAUGCAGUAAGAGUACGCAGUCGUUCGACCUUCAGGACGAGCCAUGCAUCAAGCUUACAGACUUCAACAUGGCACAUACCUGUAUUCCAAGACCUCGAAGUAUCUACAGCUCCAUCGGAGCUGAUGGCAGGUUCUUCCGUUACGAUAAUCAGGAGGACAUUGGAAACCCACCAGGCAGUCCGACAUCAUUCAUGUAUGCCGACUCCCAGGACAUCAAGGAACACUAUCAUGAUGUCAUUGACCCUGAAGUUCAUGAUCCUUUGACCUCUGACAUGCAGAAUCAACAGGACUUUGGACGUAGCGGGCUCCCUGAAUGGAACCUCCCGCUGAUAGAUGGCGCUCCUGCCGUAUCGCCAGAUCUUUUGACCGCCAUCGAGUCGCACCAUUCAAGUCAACCAUCGACAUCGUCUGAUACCUUCCGACCACCAUCCACCUCUUCGUCGACGCUCAACAACCCACCAGUUUUCUCUCCACCGCCACCACCCGCUCCCCCUCCUCCACCGCCACCACCGCUGCCCACCCCUAUCAUGCAAAGUGGAACGCUCCGGUCUCGACAGAGUUGCGACGCGAGCUCGGAGAUGACCGACUCAUCGGGCGAUUCCAACACACUGACAAAGGGAAGUUCUGAUAUUGGAAACUCGAUGAUGGGUAUUGAUAAUCCACUGAUGACCCCGGAAGAAGAUUAUGAUAUCCCAGGCCCAAGUACAUCCGGUAGAAUGUCAAAAUAUGUAGUGCGUUAGUACUCUUAUACUUGAGAAUGUGUAUGAUACCUUGAUUUUUGAUAAUAUAUUUUGGAAUUAGUUCUUUAAAUUCGUUGCCGAGGUGUUACUACUCUACAGGCUCGGGCGCCACAUUCCCUUGCAUGUCAUACCUUGGUCAUGCCCAAAAAUGAUUGUCCUCGGUGAGAACAAAAUCAAUUAAAUUCAUUUUCUCUAGCGAGAGGAAAGGCAUUUAUAUGUCACAUUUUGUCCACUUUUGUCCUAAAGAGACACCAAACGGAAUGUCGUCAUCUUGUUUAGAUGAGAGAUCACAAAAGCACCCGCGUCAUUCUAUUGAAAUAAUUAUUGGUAUCACCGUGAUAAUUUAGAUGUUAUAGUAAAACAAUUUUAUAGAUAAACAUAUAUUUUUAACAUGAAAAUAUAUAUAUGCAAGUGAUUUUAGUUUAUGUUAUUAUACUUCGUUCAUUCAAAAAAGAGUUGAAAAACUUAAACGAGAUACAAAAAAAUUAUAAAGAUUUGAGAAGAGGUGCCAAGAAAACCAAAUUCGUAGAAUCGUCCAUGAGAUAUGUCAAAAUUCUAUUUUGUCAUGAAUUUAAUCGCAGUAGCACGUGCCUUAAUCUUUGUGUUCACGAUGUUAGUAUCUAACCAUAGUAGACUAGAAUCGAUUUAUGUCACUGUAUUGCACUGUAAUCUCUUCAUUGGCUGAUUGAUAAAUGACCAUAGAAAACACGUAACAUAUAAGUACGCAACAAUUUGGAAGUUCAUGAUAACGUUAGCCUAAAUUACAUCAUGAUUACACAUUUAUAUAGUACUCUUGACACACCCUUUAAAUAAUUGUCCGUUAUGGUUUAUCCAGAUUUU